CUAGGUUAAUUAAAAAUAAACAAAUAAAAGUUAAUAAUUUAAUAAUAAUUAAUUAAUUAUUAUUUAACUAAAAUCAUUUUUAGAUGAAAAUAGAAGAAAGGAAACCCCCAGAGUUCUUUCACCGUUUCAACAACAACUUGUACCUUCAUUAUCGGAAGAUAAUGAAUGUUGUUCUUCAAGACAACAAGAAAAUCCGAAAUUGCAAAACAAAAGACCAAAACUGACAACCAAGAGAAUGCUCGAUUUUUCUGAAAAAGUUGUUGAACAAGAACAUGACUAUUCGGAAAUGGAAAGAAAUGGAACAUCUGAUACUGUUUUACUGGACGCAGAUGAAGAUACAAUACGUUUACCGUCGCCGCCAGAAUCUGAAGAUACACCUUGAUGAAAAUACAAAAAUCCACGUCAAUGUUUUGGAGCAAAUGAAAAGUCUUAAUGAUUCAAAAUUUGUCAGAGAAGUGGCUCAAAAGAUUUGGGGAACAGAAAAAUUGAAGAUGAGAUGUUUGAGUCCUCGUAGAGCAAAUAAGGGCAAACAAGAUGGUCCAGAAGAAGAAUUGAGAAAACCAUUAACUCCUGUAAAAUAUCAAUUAUUACAAGAUUGCCUGGACAAUAAACUUGUGGAGGAAAAGGUGAAACCUAAACAACGAGCUAAAAGAAUGCUCCAAGUUUCAACAUAUAUGAGGGCAAAGUUAUAUGAUGUUCGAAGAAAGUGAUAAAAAAGUG